CGGACAGCUUCUCUCUCUCUCUGGUACUGCUAGAGCUACCUAGCUAGCCAGAGCCAGGCUCUCUCUCUGUAGCUGGUCAGUGAUCAAUACUGCCGCCGCCCACAAAUUCCACCUCUCAAGAACAGCGCUGCAUGGCGGUGUCGUUGUAGCUAGCGUCGUCCUCGCGUCCAUCGCUAUAUAAUUAAGCUAGCUGCUAGGAGCCAUCGGGAGAGAGAGAGAUCGGGAGAGAGAAGGAAGUUUGAUCCGGCCGGCCGGAUCGGAUCGGAGCUAGGUGAUCGGUGCAGCUAACUAGCUCUAGCCAUGGGCAAGAGCUGCGUGCCCCCCGUCGCCAUGGUGCUCGUGCAGCUGGGCUUUGCCGGCAUGAAUGUGGUGUCAAAGCUGGCGCUGGACGCCGGCAUGAGCCCCUACGUGCUCAUCGCCUACCGCAACCUCAUCGCCGCCGCCGUCAUCUCCCCCGUCGCCUACUUGCUUGAGAGACGAAGCGGGGCGACGAUCACAAAGAAGGUGCUCCUCCAGAUCUUCGUCUCCUCCAUCUUCGGGGCGACGCUGAACCAGGUGCUGUACUUCGUGGGCCUCAAGUCCACCAGCCCCACCGUGGCGUGCGCGCUCACCAACACGCUGCCGGCGCUGACGUUCGUGAUGGCGGCGGCGCUGAAGAUGGAGUCGGUGCGGCCGGGCACGCCGGCGGGGCAGGCCAAGCUGGUGGGCACGGCGGUGUGCGUGGGCGGCUCCAUGGUCAUACCCUUCUACAAGGGCCCCGUGCUGGGGCUGUGGGCGUCCCCGCUCCACUGGCGCUUCGUCGCGGACCACGCGCCGUCGCCCGCCGCCGCCGCCGCACACUCGGGAGCCGCCGUGCUCGGGGACGUCCUCAUCAUCGCCAGCUGCGUCGCCUGGGCCGUCUGGUUCAUCCUCCACACCAAGAUGUCCGAGGGCUUCUCCGCGCCCUACACCAGCACCGCCAUCAUGUGCCUCAUGGCGGGCGUGCAGUGCGCGGGCGUCAGCGCCGCCAUGGACCGCAGCCUCGACGUCUGGAAGCUCGGCUGCGACAUCAGGCUCUACUCCGUGCUCUACAUCGGCAUCGUUGGCUCCGGCAUCGGGUUCACGCUCAUGUCGUGGUGCAUCCAGGUGCGCGGCCCGUUGUACGUGUCCAUGUUCAGCCCGCUGCUGCUCGUCGUCGUCGCCAUCAUCGGCUGGGCCAUCCUCGGCGAGAAGAUACGCGUGGGAACUGCUGUCGGGUCCGUGCUCAUCGUUGCCGGGCUAUACAUGGUGCUCUGGGGCAAAGGGAGGGAGAUGGACAGGCCGGACCUCGACAACGACGACGACAUAGCCGACGAGGAGACCGCCGUGGGCCUUGUUGGCUUCAGCGGCAAGGGCGGUGGCGCGGUCGCCAUCGCAAGCAGCCGCGUCGAGGCCAUCAGCCUGCCGGUGUCGUUCUCCACAACUAGCCCCAAGCGGCUGCAACACAUCCACGGGUGAAGGGUGACGUGGCCGACGACGUGCGCGCGUGUCACUUUGGACGCGCCAAGAAAUCUUUCAGGGAGCCAUGGAGAGAGUGAGAGUGUGGUGAAAAAAAAAAUAAGGCAAAAUAGCUAGUGGACGGAGGCAAGACGACGGCGGCGACGAUCGGAUUGGAGUGGCACACAUAAAGACUUAUUGUAUACGGUUGGUUGCAUUGCCGUUGCAGCAGCGUCACAGCGUGGUUUGUUACAAACAGGAAACAAACAAACAGGAGUGUGUGAUGAUGUGACUGUACCUAGUGGAAGCUAAGGAUUGCUUGCUAGCU